UCUUAUACCUAUUUCAACAUUCUGUGCCUCUGAAGAAAAAGUUAUUGUUUUCAGCUAAUAAGAACUUGGCUAAUUCUUUGUUAAGGCAGGAUAUACAAGAUGGAAGAGAAAACAAGCAACAUCGCAAUUCGCACUCUGGCCCUGCGCUGCUCAGGAAAUGCCUUCGCUUUCAGAAUAUGCCAUGCGCAUGAGUCGGCUGAGUGCCCGGCUGUUCGGGGAAGUUGCCAGGCCUACCGACUCCAAAUCCAUGAGAGUAGUGCAACUGUUUAGUGAACAGCCUCUGGCCAGGAGGAAGGAGACCUAUGACUGGUACCCAAAUCACAACACAUACUUUGCCCUCAUGGGGAUCCUGCGUCAUCUCGGUCUCUACAGAGAUGAGCAUCAGGAUUUUAAGGAGGAGCAGUUGCGUGUAAAGAAGCUCCGUGGAAAGGGGAAACCAAGGAAAGGAGAAGGAAGACGAUCAGGAAAGAAGAAGUAGUGCUGGUCCAUCACAGAGAACAUUUCUUGCUUGGUGACUGAGAGCAGAAGAAGCGUGUUUAUUGUUUUUCCACUUAGAUAAUCUUCCUAAAUGAAGGUCACUUGGAGGAGCACAACCCGCUCCGUGUUGACAUCUAACCCAGUUAAAUCAUGACUGGUUUCUUGAACACAUUCUAAUUCUGCAAAAUUAUUUUGGCCUUGGUUUUGUAAUCUGAAGUUUACCUAAUUCUGUAAAGAAGUGAACCCAUAAA